UUUUAUUUAUUUAUUUAUUUUAAUUGGGUAAUAUAUGUUGGCGCAGCCUCUUCCAUUGUUUUGCACCUGCUCGUUUGGCAACUGCGCCGUUUCCACUUUCCGGAUCUUUAGGCUCUGCGAAAGUCAAUGGUGGAUAUGGAGGGCACAGAAGGCUACAGGCCUUUCGCAGAAUAUGUGGAAGACAGCAACGAAGCACUCAUUAACUUGACUGACUCAACCGAGCUUUGGCUUCUUAAGCUGCCUUUCUCCAAUGAUUUUUUAUCUGACAUACAUGGGCAGAAAUUGUUUCUCACACUUCAGAAUAAUGGUAAACUAGCCAACUUCGAGGGUUCAUCAGGUAAAGUAUAUGAUUUUGUAAGCUUUGCUGCUCAAGAGCCAGACGAAACGGUUUUUGUUUCCUCUACUGAACCAAAAAUAGCAAAGAUUUCGAUGCGAGUUUCCACUGUCCAUUACCCUGAUCCUAAAGAACUUGAAAAGCUCAAUUCAACCAAUAAAAGACACGCCCAUCGAAAUUCUUCUGGAGUCACAGGGACAACUUCAUCUCGGUAUUUCCCUAUGCAAAGUGGUGGACAUGCAGCUUCAUCAAAAGGUAGCAGACAGAAAAGCUCUUUAUCUGAAGUUGGUGAGCCAUCAAGUAUUUCAAAAAGAAGCCACGUGUCUAAAACUAAGUCCAAAUCUAUUGUGUCUGAGGUUUCACAUGGUCACAGCACUGGCAUUUCCUCUAUGUCCCCAGAUCAUUCCCAUGAAAGAAAAUCAAAGAAAAGAAAACAUAAGGAAUAAUGUUUUCUACACUCGCUAUUGGCUUAUUUAUAGUGUAAUAUUUAAAGGUUACAUGCAUUUCCCAGUCCUUUAAAUAUGUCCCGAAAGAAUAGUUCUUGACUUUUAUGUUGCAGAAGGAUGAUAAAAUUUAAAUGCUUGCAUUCUCUUUGUCUCUCUACAUUUUUUUUUGUUUUUUGCAAAUUUUCAUCUGGUUCAGUUCGACAAUGUUCACUGAUGUAAGGACCCCUAGUGUUAAAUUUUCAUUUUUGUAAUGCUCACUGGCAUUUACUCUGAGUAUGAGCAGUGUUAAAUAUUUGGAGGGAAAGUUUUGUCAUCCAGUCUUACCUAUAUUCAUACCAAAAUGUACCACCUUUUAUAUUUUUCU